AUGUCUGAAGAGUACAUUAUCAAGCCAGAAAGUGUGGCUCCAUCAAGUGAUGCUAGCGAAUGGCCACUAUUGUUGAAGAACUACGACAAAUUGUUGGUCAGAAGUGGACAUUACACACCAAUCCCAUCUGGUUCUUCUCCUCACAAGAGAGAUCUAAAAUCUUACAUCAGCUCGGGUGUUAUCAACUUGGAUAAGCCAUCCAAUCCAUCUUCGCAUGAAGUUGUCGCUUGGAUCAAGCGUAUUUUGCGCUGUGAAAAGACUGGUCAUUCUGGUACCUUGGAUCCAAAGGUUACCGGUUGUCUAAUUGUGUGUAUUGACAGAGCUACCAGAUUAGUCAAGUCUCAACAAGGUGCCGGUAAGGAGUAUGUGUGUAUCGUUCGUCUACACGAUGCUUUGAAGGACGAAAAGGACUUGGGAAGAAGCCUCGAAAACUUGACUGGUGCUUUAUUCCAAAGACCUCCCUUGAUUUCUGCUGUUAAGCGUCAACUUCGUGUGCGUACCAUCUAUGACUCGAAUUUGAUUGAGUUCGAUAACAAGAGAAACUUGGGUGUUUUCUGGGCCUCCUGUGAGGCUGGUACUUACAUGCGUACAUUGUGUGUGCACUUGGGUAUGUUACUUGGUGUCGGUGGCCAUAUGCAAGAACUGCGUCGUGUUAGAUCCGGUGCUUUGUCUGAGAAUGACAACAUGGUCACUCUACAUGACGUUUUGGACGCUCAAUGGGUUUAUGACAACACUAGAGAUGAAUCAUACCUAAGGAAGAUCAUCCAGCCACUAGAGACUUUGCUACUGGGUUACAAGAGAAUUGUUGUCAAGGAUUCUGCGGUCAAUGCUGUGUGUUAUGGUGCUAAAUUAAUGAUUCCUGGUUUGCUACGUUACGAGGAGGGCAUCGAGUUGUACGACGAAGUCGUUUUGAUGACUACGAAAGGUGAAGGUAUCGCUAUCGCUAUUGCUCAAAUGUCUACCGUUGAUUUGGCUACUUGUGAUCACGGCGUCGUUGCCAAGGUAAAGCGUUGUAUCAUGGAAAGAGACUUGUACCCAAGAAGGUGGGGUAUGGGUCCUGUUGCUCAAAAGAAGAAGCAGAUGAAGGCCGAUGGUAAGUUGGAUAAAUACGGCAGAGUUAACGAGAAUACCCCAUCCGAAUGGAAGAAGAGUUACGUUCCUUUGGAUGGUUCAGAAGGUAACGUGUCUGCUACUCCUGUUGAAACCUCUUCUGCUCCUUUGGUCGAAGAAGUGGAGGUUACCAAGGUUGAACAAGUUGUCGAAGAGGCAAACGCCGAAGAAGAUGAUGAUGAAAAGAAAGAAAAGAAGGCAAAGAAGGAGAAGAAGGAGAAGAAGGAGAAGAAAGAGAAGAAAGAGAAGAAGGAAAAGAAGGAAAAGAAAGAAAAGAAGAGAAAAGCUGAAGAUGACGAGUCAUCCGAAAAGAAGAAGAAGUCCAAGAAAUAA